AUGGUAUAUUAUGACAGCGCACUGCGCUCCUUCAUCGUCUCCUUCACUCGCUCCCAGCAUUCACUGACCUCAUACAUCUACUUACAUUUAACUGAGAUUUGGCCGUUUUCCUCUAUCAAUGGCGGUGGCAAUGAGGGAUUGGGGCUGAAGAUGGGUAGCAGCUUUAUCAAUAGAUUUGUGGAACCAGGUAAUAACCGCGACGAGGAAUCUUCGGUGACGGAGCAGAGUGGUGGCGGAAGGAAGCGGAUGGAUGCUAAUUCUGAAGACGAAUCUUCAAAGCUUGUCUCUACUAGUAGCGGCAAUGAUUUGAGCAACUUGAAUGGAAAAAGAACGAAGAUGUCUGAAUCUAAAGAUGAAUUGAGUGGUUUGAAAGUUGAUGGAGAAAACAGUAAGCCUUCAGAACCACCUAAAGACUACAUCCAUGUCAGAGCAAGAAGGGGUCAAGCUACAGACAGCCAUAGUCUUGCAGAAAGAGCUAGGAGAGAAAAGAUUAGUGAAAGGAUGAAAAUUCUUCAAGAUUUGGUCCCUGGGUGUAAUAAGGUUAUAGGAAAAGCACUUGUACUUGAUGAAAUAAUCAACUACAUUCAAUCACUCCAACAUCAAGUUGAGUUCUUGUCUAUGAAGCUUGAAGCUGUAAAUACAAGGAUGCACUCUCCAAUUGAAGGGUUUCCUACAAAAGAUAUUGGGCAUCCACAACCCUUUGAUGCAUCAGCUCUUCUGUUUGGGUCACAAGCAGCACGUGAAUAUGGUCAAGAAUCACAACCGGAAAAGUUUGCAAUUCUGAGGCUAUAUAAAAUGUAUGAUCUGUAAAAAUUUGCAAUUCUGAACGACUCUUUGGAUGGAUCAAAACUACUUACAUGUUCUUUUUUCUUUUUGCUUUCUGCAAUAUGCAAAAAGACUGUUUCUGUGAAAUGUACUAAUUAGC